AUGGGGCGGAGGAAGGUGGAGAUUCGGAGGAUCGCCGACAAGAGCAGCCGGCAGGUGACCUUCUCGAAGCGCCGGGGCGGGCUGAUGAAGAAGGCGCGGGAGCUCGCGGUGCUCUGCGACGUCGACGUCGCCCUCGUCGUCUUCCAGCCGCGGCAAGCUCUACGAAUUCUGCAGCGGCGACAGGUGCGCCUCCCCUUCGAUUCCCUCUCUGUCUCUCCGUGUCUCUCUGUCGCGCUCUGGCGAUUGCGAGCUAGCUCGCUCGCUCGCUCGGUCAGCGUCGCUCCCGCGCUGCGGCCGUGA